AUGUCCGAAGAUAAACGAGUUAGAUGCUUCUUCGAUGUGAGCAUGGCUGGAAGCCCAAUCGGUCGAAUUAUCUUUGAGCUGUUUGUCGACACUACGCCCAAAACAUGCGAGAACUUCCGACAACUCUGCACAGGAGAACCGGGCUUUGGCUACAAGGGAUCAACAUUCCAUCGUAUUAUUCGCAAUUUUAUGAUCCAAGGUGGAGAUUUUACAAAUCACAAUGGCACUGGAGGAAAAUCUAUUUACGGGGAAAAGUUUGAAGAUGAAAAUUUUGUGAUGAAGCAUGACGAGCCGUAUCUUCUUUCUAUGGCGAAUGCUGGGCCAGGAACGAAUGGCUCGCAAUUUUUUAUCACUACUGUGAACACUCCUCAUUUGGAUGGGAAACAUGUUGUUUUCGGAAAAGCUAUCAAAGGGUUCGCAGCGAUCAAACGCUUGGAAACAGUCUCUACUUCUGGUGACUCACCAAAAGUCCGAUGCGAAAUCACUGACUGUGGAGAGCUUCAACCAGGAGAGGACGACGGUAUGACGCCCAUCGACGACGGAACCGGCGACAACUACCCAAUCUUGCCUGAAGACUACGAAGGACUAACCACUGCUCUUCGAAUUAAGAUUUCAGCCGACUUGAAAGAUAUUGGAAAUGAGCAGUACAAAGCAAAGAAUUUCGAAAUGGCCAUCAAAAAGUAUGAAAAAUCGCUUGUUUAUUUGAACCGCGCCGAUUAUGAAACCGACGAAAAAGUCGAGUCCGACUCUGACUCCGAGAAAGAAGAACCGAAGACAGACGUCGAAGUCAAGUGCGACGAAAAACAGCAGGAGGUGAAUAAACAAGAAUGCGCGAUUCUUUUGAAUAUGAGCAUGUGCUACUUGCUCUUGAAGAAUCCGUCAGCAGCUGAUAGCCAUGCUCGUCGAGCUAUCAAGGCGGAUUCAAAGAAUCCCAAAGGGUAUUUCCGCCUUGCUCGAGCCCUAGCAGCCAGUAAGGACUACAGUGAAGCUUUAAAAGAGUUGGCAACCGCCGCUUCCCUCGCUCCAGAGGAUAAGGCCAUCGCCAAAGAGCAACAGGUUAUUAAAGCCGCCGCAAAGAAGUAUAAUGAAGGCGAGAAGAAGAAAUUCGCGAAGAUGUUUGGCUAA